GCAGCCGGGAAAAUGUGAGACAAUUCGCUGCCGCUGGAAGGAGGGCAGCCCGGGCCGUUUUCCUGCAAGAGCACAUUAGCCUCACCGCGGUGGACCCCGGCGCGGAUCCGGCCAAAAUGGACGACGAUAUGGACACAAAAUCCAUUCUAGAAGAACUUCUUCUCAAAAGGUCACAGCAAAAAAAGAAAAUGUCGCCAAGUAAUUACAAAGAGAGGCUUUUUGUUUUAACCAAAACCAAUCUCUCCUACUAUGAAUAUGACAAAAUGAAAAGAGGCAGCAGAAAAGGAUCAAUUGAGAUUAAGAAAAUCAGAUGUGUGGAGAAAGUAAACCUUGAGGAGCAGACCCCUGUGGAGAGACAGUACCCGUUUCAGAUUGUCUAUAAAGACGGGCUUCUCUACGUGUACGCAUCAAAUGAAGAGAGCCGAAGUCAGUGGUUGAAGGCGUUACAAAAAGAGAUAAAGGGCAACCCCCACCUGCUGAUCAAGUACCACAGUGGGUUCUUCGUGGAUGGAAAGUUCCUGUGCUGUCAGCAGAGCUGCAAAGCGGCCCCAGGAUGUACCCUCUGGGAAGCAUAUGCUGAUCUGCACGUCACAACCCAUGAAGAGAAACACAGAGCUCCCAUCUUCCCAGAAAGAGUGCUGAAGAUUCCUCGAGCGGUUCCUAUUUUCAAAAUGAAUGAAGCAUCUUCAAGUGCCACUGCUGCCCAGUAUGACAGUGACUCCAAGAAAAACUAUGGCUCCCAGCUAAACCUCGGCUUGCAGCUUCUGCCAAGAGAAGACUGUCCUGACUGGUGGCAAGUAAGGAAACUGAAAAGCAGUGAGGAUUUUGCAUGCGGUAACCAGAGGGAAAGGACUGUUGCAAAUCACAGCACCUCAAAGAUGUCAUGGGGAGUCCCUGAGUCAAGUUCGUCUGAAGAAGAGGAAAACCUGGAUGACUAUGACUGGUUUGCAGGAAACAUCUCCAGGUCACAAUCUGAGCAGUUACUGAGACAAAAGGGAAAAGAAGGUGCAUUUAUGGUUAGAAAUUCCCGCCAGGUGGGAAUGUACACAGUGUCCUUAUUUAGCAAGGCUGUGAACGAUAAAAAAGGAACCGUCAAGCAUUACCAUGUGCACACAAAUGCUGAGAACAAAUUGUACCUGGCAGAAAACUACUGCUUUGAUUCCAUUCCAAAGCUUAUUCACUAUCAUCAGCACAAUUCGGCAGGCAUGAUCACACGACUCCGCCACCCUGUGUCGACCAAGGCCAACAAGGUCCCCAGCUCCGUGUCCUUGGGAAAUGGAAUAUGGGAACUGAAAAGAGAAGAGAUUACCCUCCUGAAGGAACUAGGAAGUGGUCAGUUUGGAGUGGUCCAUCUGGGCAAAUGGAAGGGACAGUAUGACGUUGCCAUUAAGAUGAUCAAGGAGGGCUCCAUGUCAGAAGAUGAAUUCUUCCAGGAGGCCCAGACCAUGAUGAAACUCAGCCAUCCCAAGCUGGUGAAAUUCUACGGAGUGUGUUCAAAGAGAUACCCUAUAUACAUAGUGACUGAAUAUAUAACCAAUGGCUGCCUGCUUAAUUACCUGAAGAGUCAUGGGAAAGGACUUGAAACCUCUCAGCUCCUAGAAAUGUGCUAUGAUGUGUGUGAGGGCAUGGCCUUCCUGGAGAGCCACCAAUUCAUACACAGGGACUUGGCGGCUCGGAACUGCUUGGUAGACAGUGAUCUCUCCGUGAAAGUGUCUGACUUUGGGAUGACGAGGUAUGUUCUGGAUGACCAGUACGUCAGCUCCGUAGGAACAAAAUUUCCGGUCAAGUGGUCAGCCCCAGAGGUGUUCCACUACUUCAAAUACAGCAGCAAGUCAGACGUGUGGGCAUUCGGGAUCCUGAUGUGGGAAGUGUUCAGCCUGGGGAAGCAGCCCUACGACUUGUACGACAACUCCCAGGUGGUUGUGAAGGUCUCCCAGGGCCACAGACUCUACCGCCCCCAACUGGCGUCAGACACCGUCUACCAGGUCAUGUACAGCUGCUGGCACGAGCUUCCAGAAAAGCGCCCCACAUUUCAGCAACUCCUAUCUUCCAUUGAACCACUGCGGGAAAAAGACAAGCCCUGAAGAAGAAAUCGGGAGACCUGAUGAGAAUGAAUGUAAACGCUGGCCAACAUUUUCAUUCUUUUUAAGGAAAGUAGCAAGGCACAGACAAUGUAAUUCAGCUAGUUGUUCUUAAUAGUCUUCUGUGUGCUGUUUGUUAUAUUAUCUAGAAAUGAACAAGGUAAAAAGCCAAAAGGCUUCCUUGAAAUUUAGGUCAAAUUAGUAAUUUGUGUAUGCUGCUCUUGAUAUUACACUUCCCAGCCUGUAGCCGAAGCACAUCUUCUGAUUGUGAUAUAGAGUGCGUACCAUGUGUAAAGAUGGAACGGAAUUGACAAGUUCUUUGUUGGAUAUUUGUUCUUUUCCUUAUAUUGUCACUAUCAUAAUUAAAUAUGUUACUAAUGAGUA